AUGUCUACAAGGUUUCCCAGCGAAAAUGUUGAUGUAUCGCCUCUUGGGGCACCUUUGUGGUUCGAAUUCAGUCAGCGCAAGGCAUCUAAUCGCUUUCUGAAGGCCGCCCUAACAGAAAGAAUGGCCUCAUGGUCUCCGACUGACCUUUCGGCUCGAGGUAUUCCCAGCCCAAAUCUGAUCAAUCUUUAUCGUCGGUGGGGAGAGGGUCAGUUUGGUCUUAUUCUCACCGGCAACAUUAUGAUGGCAUACGAUCAACUUGAAUCACCGGGAAACAUGAUCAUUGAUCUUGAGAAUCCAUUUGUCGGUGACCGAUUUGAAGCGUUCAAGCAAUUGGCCACAGUCGCCAAGAAGCACGGAAGUUUGAUCGUUGGUCAGGUCAGCCAUCCUGGUCGUCAGACAUUGGAGCAGUUGCAAUCCAACCCGGUUUCUGCUAGCGAUGUCCAGCUCGUUGUGCCAAAAUUUGGCACAUUUGGAAAGCCCCACCCAGCUAGUGAAGAGGAGAUUCAGGAUAUUAUCCGCCGCUUUGUUCAUGUCGCUGUCUACCUACAAAAGGCCGGGUAUGACGGUAUCCAGCUGCAUUCCGCCCAUGGUUAUCUCCUCGCGCAAUUCUUGUCACAAACAACGAACAAGAGGACAGAUAAAUACGGUGGGAGCUUAGCCAAUCGCGCCCGGAUUAUCGUGGAAAUCGCCCAGGCGAUCCGUCAAGCACUCCCAGAUCCCGGCUUUAUCAUUGGGAUCAAGAUCAACUCAGUGGAAUUCCAAGAACAUGGAUUUACCCCUGAGGAGUCAAAGGAGCUCUGUGAGAUUCUCGACCGCACCAACUUUGACUUUGUUGAGUUGUCAGGUGGAACUUAUGAAGCCAGUGCUUUCCAGCACAAACGGGAGUCUUCGCAGAAGCGAGAAUCAUUCUUCUUGGAAUUUGCAGACCUCAUUGCCCCUGCUCUCAAGCACACUCGUAGUUAUGUGACCGGAGGAUUUUGCACAGCCUCUGGAAUGGUCGAGGCUCUGAAAACUGUGGACGGAGUUGGUCUUGGCCGCUCCAUUACCCAGGACCCUCGCUUACCAAAGGCGUUACUCGCCGGAACUGUUCAUGGUGCAAUCCAGCAGAAGAUUGAUCCCCAAGACUUUUUCCAGACAAGCCCUGCUGCUGGAGCACAAAUGCUACAGAUUGCACAAGAUGAAGAACCCAUUGACCUGAGCAAUGAUGCCAACAUGGAAAUUUUCAUGAAAAGUCUCGGGGAAUGGGCUCAGCAGAUGCAGAAAAACGGCGCAAUGAACAUGUAUGGUCAUGUCCAGCUUCCUAAGGGUCAACCCUUCCAAGAUUUGUGA